AUGUCGCCAGCGGCCCUGUCCAGUACCGUCAGGCCUGCCCGGGUCGGGGAUAUCGACGGUGGGCCCACACUGCCACAGACAGCAAGCUGCCCGGGCUGGCCCCCUGCCGGCCCAGGAACGAGGGCCGGCACAUUUGAGACAGUGGGCCCGUGCUCCCGCACCAAGGCUCGGCCGAGUCAACUGCCAGGGACCCAGCCCAGGGAAGCUGAUUCAAUCGCACCCUCCGCCUCUGCCGGUUUGGCCACGGCGCAGCAAGCGAGCGAGCGUCGUGCCAAGCUUCAGAAGUGCCCCCCCUUCCCCCCUCUGCAGUGA